AUGUCACGGCGAGCGGCACAGGACGGCGUCCCCGCUGCUGCUGUCAUACCUCCUGUAGCAAACAGUGAUGAUACCUGUAGCAGAGACAUCAGUUUUGGCCUCGGUUUGCUUUCAGGCUGUUGGACUCACCUGCACGAGUGUCAAGCCGACCGCUGUAUCCUGGUAACAGAGAAGCCGUCCUCCACGCAGAAAGGCAGCUAUCGCUUCUGCUGCUGCAGCCACGACCUCUGCAAUGCCAACUACACAGAGGCCCCGCCCACCGCCGACACACCCGCUCUGAAACCAAUGAGGACUGAUGGCCGGGCGGAACAGACAGAUCACCGGCUGAAGCCAGAGGUGACGGUGCUCAUCGCCUUGGUAACCAUUGCCAUAGCAGCCAUCCUCAUUGUGGCGCUGUUCCUGGGAUACCGCAUAAUAAAACGGAAGCAGAAACACAGUCUGUCUGUUGUGGAUGUGAUGGAGGCGGCGAACGCAGAGUCCUCCAUCGACCUCGACAACCUGAAACUGCUGGAGGGCUGCCUGUCUCACUACCUGUCUCUCCACACUGUGGACUGGCUGACCUGCUGCAGGAUGACUCACGGCGUGACCAGAGGCCUCGCCUUCCUGCACACUGAGCUGCACCGAGGAGACCAGCACAAACCGGCCGUCGCCCACAGAGACCUGACCAGCAGGAACGUCCUGGUCCGAGCCGAUCUGUCCUGCGUCCUCGCCGACUUCGGCCUGUCCAUGAGACUGACGGGACCCCGGCCCUGUCGCCCCGGAGACGACGACACCAUGGCCAUAUCUGAGGUGGGGACAGUGCGCUACAUGUCUCCGGAGGUUCUGGGCGGAGCUCUAAACCUCAGAGACUGCGAGUCGGCGCUGAAGCAGGUGGACGUCUACGCUCUGGGUCUGCUGUACUGGGAGAGCUUCAGGAGGUGCUCCGACCUGUUCGCAGGGGAAGCGGUGCCAGAGUACCAGCUGGCGUUCCAGGCCGAGCUCGGGAAUCAUCCGAGCUUCGAGGACAUGCAGAGCCUGGUGGCCAGAGAGAAAUACAGACCCAGAUUCCCCGAGGCCUGGAAGGAGAACAGCCUGUUACUGCGCUCGCUGAAGGACACGAUGGAGGACUGCUGGGAUCAGGACGCUGAGGCUCGGCUCACCGCUCAGUGUGCAGAGGAGAGGCUCUAUGAACUCACACUGCUGAGUACACACACUGCAGUACACAACCACAGGAAUCUGUCUCAUGGCCGGUGGCCUCCUCACGGUGGCUCUGCCUCCCCCUUCAUUGAGGAUCUUCAUGUGGGCGUGGUCAGAAAUCUCCAGGGAGAUGACCACCAGGCAUCAUUCAUCAAGACGACUGUGAAUGGAGCAGAAGGUGGCGAGAAGAACAGGAACUCCAUCAACUACGAACGGCAGCAGGCGCAGGCUCGGCUGUCCACAGACAGCAGCGUGUCCACCACCACCAUCCUGACCCCGCCCACCUUACUCUGCACCAUCUCUGAAACUCAGCACACAGGUGGCGCCGUGCCCAGUGUCCCAGUCUGCCUGCAUCUCACAGAAGAAGACCUGGAGGCCACAAAGCUCGACCCCAGAGAGGUCGAUAAGAACCUGAGGGAGAGUUCUGAUGAAAACCUGAUGGAGCACUCACAGAAGCAGUUUGGCUCCGAAUCACAACCCACCGACGUGCUGCACCAUCAGGUGAACAGCUCGCCAUCCACCUCUCGUAGUGGUCUGCGGGCUGUUAGAGGUGUAGAUAGCCCUCCUUCCUCCAUCCACCCACUCCCCAAACAGCAGAAUCUGCCUCAGAGGCCCACCAGUCUCCAUCUGCUGCCCAAAGUCAAGGAGAGCGGCUUCACCUCGUCACGGCUGAAGCUGGGGAAGUUCAAGUCCAACCACCGACAGGUGGAAACAGGUGUUGCCAAGAUGAACACAGUGAUGGUUACUAUGGCUGCAGAACCACACCUGGUAACCACGGUUACUAACAGCACAAACGUGAGAAGCAGUGCUGCAGCUGGAAGAGAGGUCCAGCCUAUCACAGCGGCCGGCAGCAGUCACAGCGCAGGCGUCCCCACCCUGGUGACGAACGGUGUGAUAGGCGGAGGUCGAACCAAUCCGGCGGGGCCGCAGACGGAGGACGAGGAGGGGACCAUGGAUGGAGGGGUGAGAGGAGGAGAAGACAGCCGUUUGAAUCUCCUCAACUUCAGUCCUGAUGAACAUGAACCUCUGCUGAGCAGAGAGCAGCUUCCUGCUGAGAGCGAAGCCCCUCCUCCUGCUCAUCAUCGUCACAGCCGCGCUGGAAGCAUCUUAUCGGGCCGAGGCUCGAACUCCAACAACAACAACAACCGGCUAGCCCUGGCUUCAUCAGCUGACCCUCCCACAACUUCUGAUCUGGAGCAUAAGGUUCAACUUUCUGCUCCUUCUGGUCUCCUUUCAUCCAGCAAAGCCCUCUCACUGCAGGCCCCUCCCACCACCCACAGUCAAAGCGAAGGUGUGGAUACAGGUCUGUGUUUCCAGGAAGACUCUGAAACCACGUCGACCCCCAUAUGUGCCCAAAACUCAAAAGGUCACCCAGUGCGUUGUGUUACCGCUGCUUUGCCCCGAGGCUGCAAAGAUUCUGACUCAACAAAAGCUUCAGUAACCCAGGCCUCCCCAGCACCCGACGCCCCAACAGACGCAUUAAUCCUCCUUCAGAAACCUUCAUCACCAGAAACUCCAGGAGCUUCGUCUCCAGAGGAGCAAACCCUCGAAGCUUUGGGAUCUGAAGAUUCAGACACCACAGCUCCUGCAGAAGCUUCAGGUCCACAACUUGCAGGUCUCCAAAGUUCAGCUGUAGAGCCACAAACAGCAGGUCUGAUGCGAUCCCAGGUGGGACAGGCCAAAGCCAGGAGACCUGAGCGGCCCUGUUCCCUGGACCUGUCCUCUCCCUGCACCUCCUCAGAUGAUGCUUUGGUGGUGGAUAACGGCAGUCUGAGCGCCUCAGGGGAGAAAAUCAAGCGUCGGGUCAAGACUCCAUACACCCUGAAAAAAUGGCGCCCGGCCUCCUGGGUGGUUUCCACAGAUACGGCUCUUGACCCGGACUUCGAGUUUGAUGGCAGUAGCAGCCAGAACCAGUUCUCAUCCGGUGUUUGUAGAGCAGGAAGUGUCGGCAUCCCUAAAUUAAACCAGUCCAAAUCCAGCAUUGCCGUCUUUUUGGUUGGAGGCGGCGCCACGGCGACCACCACCUCUGAGCCCGACGGGAUGACCUGCUUCUAAAGUGGUCCGAAGUUUGCUUUUCUUUAAGAUCUCAUUAAUUUUCUUGCUCUUUGUCUUCCUCUUCUUUUGUUGUGGAUAAACGAGCCGGUAGCUGAUACCUGUGUGGCCCCCGCAGCUCCAAACCAGAACCAAACCCCGCAGAGCCGACUCGGAGCUGGAUGCAAAAUCCGUCCCUCAGCAGGAACUUUUCAUCAAAUGACAGAAUUUAAAUUUCUAGUAUGUGUUUGUUCAUGGAUAGGACCUGUCCUGUGAUCAGCUGACCUCUGACAUGUUACCUAGAUCAGGUUACCUGUGAUGACCAAACAGUGGUGGUGUUGGUGAUGAGGCCAAAUGAUUCUUCUGUGGCUGGUGGGUGUAGUCAGCUGUUUGUAGGGGGUGGGCUUGAUCUACAGGAAUCUCUGUUGGAUAUUGAAGGAAUUUCGGAAUACUUUCAGGCUUCGAAGGAGUAGUUGUCGCUGCGAGCCUAGAGAUCUCAUUUGGUGUCCAAAUGAAAGAAGCUUCCAGCUCCACAGACUCACCCCCGGCUCAAGAAUCUGAGUGUACCUACAGUCUGUCGCCUCUUUAUCUCUGCAGGUGUGUCACUGACCCUGUCGUAGGACUGAAGUGUCUCCAGCUGUGACUGCCAGUGUGGGUGGAGGUCUUUCCUCAUGUUUCCUGUUGUGAGUAGGAUGUGGCCGGCUGCUGAAGGGCAUGGCCGAGAGCUCGUCGUAGGUCUGAGUGAGACAUUCCCUUUGAGUUCUUUAGGCUUGUUUUCCUGCUGCGUCCUGUCCCACAGAGCGAUCUGAAUGCACUCAGCAUCAUCUUCUUUCACUUAUAAGCGUUUGUGCUGCUGCAGGACGUUGAACAGGACUAGCAGUAACUGUUUGGGUCUGACGUGGCUCAGGGGUCGUCCCCUCUGAGAGCUCGAUGCUGGCUGAGGCCUGAACCCAGUACAGACUUAAGAACUUCCCUGUUUUGGUAGAAAGGUUCAUGCUGGGCUGGUAGUGCAGGUAGUCUGAAUGACCAGAGGUGAUGUUUUCAAAACAGCUUCAUAUCUUUAUGCACUUUAACAAUGAAAUUUAUUUAGGGACAGACCUUAUAAAGGAUACCUGGUGCAAUUUUAGCAGUAACAUUGACGUAUGUAGGACGUCGUGUCAGUGUUGGUGUGUCUUUGUGCAGUAGCGCUGUGAUCUGAAGAGGCGUUUCUGCUUGAAACAGUCAACCUAGCUAUGCAGCUGCUCACGAUGCCUCCUGUUGACGGACUGUUUGGUUCAAUGUGCAACAGAUCGACAACCUUACUGUUGGACAUCCUUUAUUCUUUUUUAUCCGCACUUUGUUUUACCGAGCAGUCUCGACUGCCUUCAGAGGUCUGCUGCAGUCAGCGCUGGAGAAAAGACGAGCCAGCGUCCCGUGGACUUUAUUAAACCACGUGACCUGCGAACGUGACCUGCGAAACCUCGGCCAUGUACGACCUUCUCAGGUAACAACACUGACGUCAGCAGGAACACCUGUUUGCUUUGUAAAAUGAUGAGCAGGAGAUGAAACGAGGAGAAGAAGAGGACAGAAAUGCUGUCUGACAGCAGCCAUCAGACUGUACAGCUCAGACUUUGUUCCUGCUCAUCGCAACACGUUAGGUCACGUCUCAUUUCCUGUUCCACCUCCAAGUAAACGCUUCCAUCCUUUCAGUUUCAGACCAAAGGUGUAGCUGCUUCGAGCUGGGUGGAGGUCCGUGUGUAGGCUGUUUACACGUCACUCUUUCAUUUUGACCGUUCCAGGAAAACCAAAUGUGCUCACACGUUUUACACACUAAAACAUCUCUGUGCUUCUCAAAGAACAUAUAUGCUAACAAACACUACUGCUACAUCGUUACAGCAAGUAAAUAAGCUCCGCCCAUCAAAGACGUGGGUUUGUCACACCUAU